AUGGGUUCCAUUACAGACAUCAUCACCGCUACUAGCUCUGUAGCUCUCCGGACGAGCAUCUACAUCUUCUUGCGAUGGAUACCAACAAGCAUCGUACCACCACUCGGCACUGCGCUUUUCCUCGUCUACGUGACUUCCUUCUUCAUCAGCUUCCGAGACACAGCUCACUUCAAAGUCUUAUCCGAUGAGAUUGAUAUAAUCGUCAAGGAGACCGUAGGCCAAGAUGAUAGUUCCUCGGAAGACCUUGAGCUCCUCGACGGCGCCGAAGAUGGGCCCCUCGAAGAGUUGGAUGUACAGGAGACAAUCACGUACGAGGAGAGGGAGCCAAAGAUAUGGAGAACGCUCCUCACAGGCCUCCCAAGCCCUUCAUCUGCAUUCUGGAGCUGGAUUACAUUCGUCAUAAAUCUCGCGCUGGUCGCAAUGGCUCUAGACCUGACAUACCACGCGCCCCUCCUCCACAAGGCACACGAUCUCUCCUUCGCACGCGUCGGAUACGUCUCAGACACGACCGCCCAUUUCCUCAUCCGAGAGCCCGCCGCUAAAGACGUUCGAGUUCUCUACCGCCCCGAGGACACCUCCACCUGGUCCUCCCGUCUCGCAACUACCCACCUCAAACCGCACAUGUGGCUCUCCAACAACACCGACUUCACCACAACCGUCACUCUCAACCGCCUAACCGCUGACACAUCUUACGAAUACUCCGUCUCUACCUCCUCCCAAAACCAGUCGGGAACCUUCCUGACAGCGCCCCGCCUCGGCCAAAUCUCCCGCAAGAACGACGAUAAAUACACCUUCCUCCACUCCAGCUGCAUAAAGCCCGGCUUCCCCUAUUCCCCGUUCGCGCACCCCCUCCAUUUCCCCGGCUUCCAGCACCUCUCCGCCUGGAUCCCAAAGCUCAAACCCUAUUUCAUGCUCUUCCUGGGCGACUUCAUCUACGUCGACGUGCCCUACCAGCUCGGCAAAGACGUUGAAACCUUCCGCGCCGAGUAUCGCCGCGUAUACGCCUCGCCUGACUGGCCUGCUGUUUCGGAAAACCUACCCUGGAUCCACGUGAUUGAUGAUCAUGAGAUCCAGAAUGAUUGGGACAAGAACACGACGGGGAUAUAUGCGCAGGCGUAUGACCCAUUCCGGCACUAUCAGGUGGCUGUGAAUCCACCAGCUGUGAGGAAGGAGAUGACAUACUUUAGUUUUGCGCAGGGGCCGGCAGAGUUCUUUUUGAUGGAUACGCGGCGGUAUAGAUCUGGUGAAUCGUCGAACGGGACCGAUCCGAGCAAGACUAUGCUUGGAGAGCAGCAGGUUGAGGAACUGUUGAGGUGGAUCAAGAAACCGGCGCCGAGGGGUGUGCAUUGGAAGAUUUUGGUGUCGAGUAUCCCGUUCACGAAGAAUUGGCGGUUCGGCUAUGAGGAUACGUGGGGCGGAUAUCUGGUUGAGCGGCAGCAGCUCCUCGAGGCGAUGUGGGACGUAGGUGCGGAGGGAGGAGUAGGGUUUGUGGUGCUCAGCGGCGAUCGACAUGAAUUCGCAGCGACGUCGUUCCCGCCGCCGAAGGGGGGGAAGUGGCCGAUUAGCGCGACGGUGCAUGAAUUCAGUACGAGUCCCUUGAGUAUGUUCUAUUUGCCGGUCAGGACGUAUAGGGAGAUUGAUGAGGCGGAUGUGUGUAUAAAAUACCUUCCGGAUGGUAACACUAAGUUCGGCGCCAUCGAGGUCACGUCUCCCACAUCAAGCGAGCAGAGCCAUAUCAACUACCGCCUCUUCGUCGACGGAAACGAGGUCUGGAGUCACGCGAUCACGACACCGCCCUUGAAGAGUGGAACUCACCGGGCUAAGGAUGCAGUUUGGGGAUAGCAAGAGAGACAUGGCGGUGUACAAUACCUUGGAUAAGAAAUCAUCUUGCAUAACGAAUUGUCAAUUGAGCGUGGAGUCUGGAUGAACUGACUCACUGUUCGUGAGACUAGGAAAGGCAUCUGAUAUGAAUGGGCUUGGGACAAGACAGUUGUGAGUUGUAUAGUGGCCUGAGGCUAUAUAUUUGAACGACGCAAUAUAGGAUAUUGUAGCUAUCCCCAUUUCUUCCGACACCGUUCCUC